AUGUUCCAACCUGACUUCGCCGCCGACGACCAGCCUGACUGGAACAGCCACCUCGAUGGCCUGCUCGGCAUGGGCAACCAGUUUGGCGACCAGCCCGACCUAAUGUCGCCUACUGUCCCCGGCUUCAGCCUCCUUCACGAUGCCUCUCCCACCUCACCUUCGGUCCACUUGCAGCCGUGCCCCAGUAUGCCUGCAUCCGCUGGCCUGUCCGCCCUCACCCAGGGCCUGCGCGAAUGGGACAGUCUGGAUCUGCUCCCAGACGACCUCGUGGCUUCCUGCAACACUGUUGAUUCGGAGCCUUUCAACCCUCUCUUGCUGAGCACCACGCCCGUCGACAUCGCGUCCUGCGAGUCUUCCUCCAACAGCUCCGUCGGCAGCAUUCCCAUUCCUCAAUCCAGCCGCCAGGCUUUCUCGGAAUACUCGUUCUGCUCCGAGCCGAGCCUGGCUUACACCGGAUCAUCCUUCAACUCUGACCGAGGCUUCGACGUGCUGUAUACCGCUCACAAGCAGAACGAGAACCUGGCCCCGCCUCAGCAGCAUGCCCUGCCGAUUCCCCUUCAACCGCAGGUUUCCAGCUGGAAGCCUCCGCCGCAGUCUUCCCGGCCAGCGCACACACACAGAGCGAGACGCCUGACCGUCGAUCAGUCUAAGCGCAGUGCUCCCUCGAGCAUUGGGUCCAACACUGCGAAGAACCCGCUCAGCUUCAUCCACUUCCGCCCUAGCGGAGAGCCAGGCCAGCUCCUCAUCCACGGGGCCGAGCAUCCGCUGAACGGAAAGAAACCGAGAGGCCGGAAAAACCCCCUUACGCCCGCUCAGAAGAAGGACGCGGCUCUCAUGCGCCGCGUCAAAGCAUGCGAAAGCUGCAGGCAACGGAAAGAAAAGUGCGACCCUGGAAUCCCGUGCAAAGCAUGUAUUGAGCACUUCCGGUCCGACCUCGUGCGGCAGCCUUGCCGUGGCAAGACUCUGGAGGAUCUGGCAUCCUCCAUGCUCUCCGAUGAACUGGGAUGGUGUCCUAUGGAACGAACACUUGACACCUACUUCGGCCCUGAGUCAUACAAAAUCGAGUCCAAUGUUUCAUUUGUCAAUAUCGUGCUCGGAUUCGGUCCUCCGUUGCUUCGAGAAGUCCGCAGGGUCAUUCCGGAACAACCCAGCCAGCUGUUUCACAGCCACGUCGUUUACGAGUGGCCGUCCGGCGCCAAUCAGACUGCGUUGAGCAGCCGCCCGCGUCAGGACUACCAUAGGGUUCUCCCUGCUGUCCUUGCAGACACAUCUAAUCUCCGUCACGAACUGGAUGAACACCUAUCGAAGCUGGUCAACGAGGAGCAGCAUUUUCGCGAGUUUCCGCUGUUCAACUCACCGCUUGAAGUCCUCAAGCAUGUCUACAUAUUCUAUCGAGAUCUCGCAGACAUAACACACCGGCAUCUUCUCCGCACCGCUCUUAAACUCUUGGUAUUGGUUCAUAUUAGCGACAACACGAGGCUGGACCCUUUCGUGCCGCUCUUCUUCACUUUCUCCCGUGAUGCCGGGGACGUUCGAACCAUGACGCCAUGCUUCAUUCGGGGUCAACUAGGCGCUGUUAUUCCGCAUCUCGCCCAGGACCUCCUCCGCGAAUCACUGAACCGUCUGGAGAGCAUUUGCCUCGCCCGGCGCUGCACCGACUGGCCGGUUGUGCUUGCAACGCUGGCGACUCUCUGUAUGGCUGUUGAGAGCGUUCAGUACCACGCUGCAAAAGAGCCCUACCACGUACAGUUCGACGCCUCGAACCCAGAACGUAACAACAACAGCAGCAGCACCACUGGGGUGGUCAUUCCAACGAGACCCAAUCCAGUUGUUUACGGUCCGGAGAAGCCAGCCUACCUCGUAUCUUCAGGCCUUUCGGCUUCAUCAACGUCUCUUAAUGACUGUAGCGAUGAUUGCGAGCCUGCAUCUUCACUGUCGACCAUCAAUGAGGAGUCUGUGGACCGCCUCAUCUCAUUUUACCGCAAGGCAGCAGUCUGA